GUUUGAUAUUUGAAACUUUUAAUGAGGAAUGUAAAAGUGUUAAGAAAAACCUAAUGAUGCUUGAAAAAAGGAGUUGUGAUAAAUCAAAUAAAGUUCUUUCACAAUUAAUAUCAAAAAUUUAUGAACUUAUUUUGACACGA